AAUCUAUCAAGUAGCAGAAACCCUAGAGAGACAACUGGGCAACUUCAAAUGUCUUCGAGAAAGGAUCUAUCUUAGUCGAAAUCCCAGAGAGAAGAGAACUGACCGUCGUUUCCUUAAAUUUUUAUCUAUAUUAGUAUAUUACUGAUAAUGAAGACGAUUUCAGGAAUCAACACAUCUUCCAAGCCCCACUCACUCUCUAAAUCUGCUUCGGUUCUGCAUAAAUUCAUCAAUGAGGACCCUGGAGCUUCGCAAGCCGUUUCUGUGUACCUGAAACGUGCUUCCGCUGCCUUUGAUGAGCUGGUUCAGUUCCACUAUGAACUCAAAGGAUCAUGCCGUAAACAUAAAAAAUCUCGUAUGGAGAUGGUGGAUAACAGAGCCUUAACAGAUGCUGAAACAAACCAUGUAGAAGAAGAUGAGCCGGCCACCAAGCAAGGUCAAUUUAUUGAUUCCUUGAAAAAACAGAGUUACGGGUAUACCCGGUAUAGGGUGAGACCGGAAGGAGGGGGUUUUGAUAGAGAAGGAAACAACAGUCAUAGAAAGAUGAAAAAGAAACAAGAUUUUGGUGACUUUGGGCCUGAAGCUGGAGUUCGAAUUGGAGUUCGAAUUGUGGAGGAGAUGAAGAGGAAAAAGUAGGAAAUUGAAUAUGAAGGGUUGAAUGAUUCCGAGGAGCGGCAUAGCAGGAAGAACAAGAAGAGCAAGAGAAGAAGUGAAGACUAGAAAUAGCUGCUGGUAACUGUGGUUUUGUUGUUUGUCUAUUGAAACGGAAGAGUUUCCAAUCUA